GGGCGUGGAGCCGGAAAGGGCGGGUUUAAAAGGGCGGAAGUGGCGGUGCCGUACGGCGGAAGUGGUGGUGUUGUAGGGCGAAAUGUAACGGCGGAAGUCGAGAGGAAAACGCGGGGUGCAAAGGACGGAAGUGGCUGUGCCGUACGGCGGAAGUGGCGGCGCUUUCGGGCGGAAGGAGCGGGGCGGUAAAGCGGAAGAGGCGGGGCUAGAGGCGGAGCGUGGAGCGGAGCGCAGGGAGCCAGCCGUGCGCGCCUUCUAGCCCCGCCCCCACUUCCGGUCCCGGCCCCGCCCCUUCCGGCCCCGCCCGCCGAUGGUCCCCGCGCACAGCGCCGCCCCGCAAUGGCCGCGGGCACUGCUGCUCGGGGCGCGGCGCUGCGCGGUGCGGGCGGCGCUGUGUGGGGCGGGGGCGGCGCUGCUCCUCUGGGCCGCGGCCUUCGCCUACGGUGGAUUCUACUUCCUCACCGUCCCGGCGGCGGGGUUGGUGGCACCCGUUCACUUCCGUUUCCGGACGUCACGGCCGAGGUCACCGCCGACGUCACCAGUGCCACCGGUGACGUCACCUCUGACGUCACCACCGACGCCACCGCAGUGCCUGCCCCCCCCCGGCAGCGCCCCACAUGCGCCAGCUCCUGACCCCCAACCGCGGCACAUUCCAACAAUAAACCCCAUGGAUGUGUGGGGCAGA